AUGACCGGCAGCGUGCCAGGCUUCAAGGACUUGACGGUGAACUUUAUUCCUGGUGCCAAGCCACAACUGGUCUGUUUUUCAGACGAAGAGGAGGUGGAGAGGCUAGAUCUGGAGACCAUGAAGAUUCGGGAGCUUCACCAGCUCAUGAAAGACAAAGGUUUUGAGCGCACUGCUCCAGUGCCAGAGGACCUCUAG